UGGGAUAUGACGAAUGUCAGUGGAAAUAUUUCGCCCAKCAAGGAGGAGAAUAAAUUAGUGGUUUUCUACUAAUCCACUUGACUGAUUCCUCAAGUAAUUCAUCAGAAUACUUCUACGAUAACUAGAGAUGUUCCCUAACUAUAGAAAUAUAAAAUAACUUCAGRAACUGUCACAGAAAUAAGCUGCUUAAUACAAACGCCAUCUUGUUUACGAGUGGACUUUGUUUUGCUACACAAGUUGAAAACGAUAUUACGACAAUCUUACUGUGAUAAGCACCAUAAUGUCGGCUUUUAGUAUGGACUUCACCCAACAACUUGCAGAGGAAGAUAAAGUUCUAGUUCCUCCGUACAGAAAUGCUGACCAUUGCAACAAAGGAUUUAAAAUAAUGAACACUCUAAGACUUCAAAACCAGCUUUGUGAUGUAGUACUAAAAGCAGGCAAUGUUGAAAUCCCUGCACAUAAAGUCGUACUAGCCUCAUCAAGYUCCUACUUUUAUGCAAUGUUUACUGGGGAAUUGUCUGAGAGCAGGCAGAAUGUUGUGACGUUGAAGGAGAUUGACAGYGCUGCYUUGGAAAUGCUAGUKGAAUAUGUUUAUGUUGCUGAGAUUGAUGUUACAGAGGAAAAUGUUCAGGUCUUACUACCAGCAGCCAAYCUCUUGCAGCUAAAUGAAGUACGUGAUGCUUGUUGYGAGUUUCUCAAGGCUCAACUUCAUCCUUCAAAUUGCUUAGGCAUUAGAGCCUUUGCGGAUAUGCAUUCUUGUUCAGAUCUCAUGGGYACAGGACACAAUUAYGCAGAAUUGCACUUUGGUGAAGUUGUUCAAGGAGARGAGUUUAUUGGGCUUUCAUGYAUGCAGGUUGCUGAACUYAUAUCAAGUGACCAACUUUGUGUUCCGUCUGAAGAAAAGGUGAGAGAGGCUUGGGCUUGGGUUUUCCUUCUUAGUGUUGAGUGCUAUGAUUUCAAGGCUGAAAGGUGGUACCCAGUAGCGGAGAUGAAUUCACGUCGCUGUCGAGCUGGUGUAGCAGUACUUGACAACCUUAUCUAUGCYGUYGGUGGGUUUAAUGGAUCGUUACGUGUCCGCACUGUAGACUGUUACGAUCCUGUGAAAGACCAGUGGCGUCCYGCCGCUUCWAUGGAUGCACGUCGGAGYACAUUAGGUGCUGCUGUUCUAAAUGGCUUACUCUACGCUGUUGGAGGCUUUGAUGGAACAACUGGUUUAAACACAUGCGAAGUCUAUGAUCCCAAGUUAAAUGAAUGGCGGCCAAUCAAACCAAUGAGCACGCGACGUAGUAGUGUAGGCGUCGGUGUUCUCAAUGGUUUGCUUUAUGCAGUGGGUGGGUAYGACGGUGCGUCAAGACACUGCCUCAGUUCUGUUGAGUGCUACAAUCCCAAYACUGGUGACUGGACUAUAGUAAGUGAUAUGAGUACAAGAAGAAGUGGAGCAGGCGUAGGAAUUGCUGAAGGCCUUCUAUUUGCAAUUGGAGGUCACGAUGGGCCGCAUGUACGCAAGAGYGUWGAGUGYUAUAUCUCUGAUUUAAACAUGUGGAAGCCAGUCUCUGAGAUGAGCAUGUGUCGAAGAAAUGCGGGUGUYGCAUCUGUUAAUGGAUUGUUAUUUGUUGUUGGUGGUGAUGAUGGCUCUACGAACUUAGCAUCAGUGGAGGUUUAUAAUCCUCGUACCGAYCAGUGGGGACUUCUAUCGUCCUGUAUGAGUAUUGGUCGGAGUUAUGCAGGUGUUUCCGUGAUCGAUCGACCUAACUCCAAAUGAUGGCUGUAAUAUGACGCGAUAUAUUAUAUUAUACUAUAUGAGUUAAUACUAAAGGUUACAUGGUAGAAACUUUAGAUAAGAAAUACAAACUAAUUGAAUAACCUCAUCUUGUACUSGACAACACAUCAAGAAAAGGAAGGAAAAAAUAAAUGCAUGUUAUAAAGAAAAACUGCAAUGUUUAUACUACUGUUGAAAUAAUCCAGUUUCGAGUUCUCCAAUGCUGUGUUAGCCUCAUUUGUGUGUCAAAUAUUCCUAAUUGUGAGAAUAAAAGUGUGAGAUUUCAUUAGUGAUUAUAUAAAUUCUAAUCUAUUGUCUUUCUUUCAAAUUCCUUGCGUUUUCUCGGCCUAUCAAUGAAACAACAGAAUAUGUUACUUGGUUUUUAGGCUAACACAGAGCAAACCAGAACUCGAAAUUGGAUUAUUGAGAAACAAACUUGUAAAAACAUCUGUAUGACUUAUUUUGUGUUAGAAAUUAUGUAAUUUGUAAAAAGAAUUUAAAAUAAAUUAUGAAAUCAAGAAUGAAAA